CGGGGCAUGCUGGAGCAACACGCUGGGAACCAGAGCGCAUGGACACUGGCCAGCGAGCCUGGCUGCCCGCUGCUGGAGGGCCUGGGCCUCCCAGCAGGGACAGAGCUCAUUGGCUCCCUGCAGGCCGCAGGUGGGGAAGCAGAGGCAUCCGGGGCCCUCGCAUGGGCCGGCCAGACCGCCUCUCUGACCUUGGCGGCGGCCAUGCACCAGUCCGAGGCCACACUCCAAGUGAAGCUAAGUCACGCGCUGCCCGCAUUGCGGGCCGUCCCCCCGGAGGCCUUGCUGACUGUCCAGCUUGGGUGGGAGGCCGGGCACCGGCUGGGUCUGGAGCUACAGGUGGGGGCCUGUGAGCUGCAGGGCAGUGGUGAGCUGCACCUGGACCGUGGGCUACAGUGGCAGGUGCUCGCUCAGAGCUCCUGCGAGGCCCUGCAGGCCCUGGGGGUCCCAGGCCGAGUCAACAGCUCCGGGACCGUGGCCGUGAACUCUGUGGCUGCGGACACCUGGGUUCUGGUCGCCGUCGACAACAGUACACUGCAAGGGCUGCUCAUCCUCAAGGCUACAGAGAGCCAGCAGGAGGUGGAGCUGUUGCUCACACAUGGCCCGGCCCAGCCCAGCCCCUCGGGCCUCCCCGCCCGGGUGCUGCUGGAACUGGCCACCGAGAGCCAUGGACCCGGCUACAGACGCUCCCUGCGGGUCGCACUGGACAGCAAACAGGUGUCCGAGGAGCUGAUGUUCACUCAGCAGCCAGAGCACAUCUCCCUGGACUACACCCUCGAGCACAACAUCCCCGUGCUGCGGACGCUGUGGGUGGAGGACAAGCUGGGCCUGCAGAGCACUUCUGGGACCAGCUGGAUGGGGACUACCCCCGCCAACCCACCCACAACCAAUUUGCCGGCGCCCCCUUCCCUGCACGUGGAUGUGUUCAGCCCACCCCAGAGCCCCGGAGCCUCACAGUUGAGGGAUUUUCAUGGAGGCUUCAUCCCAUGAGCAUGAUGGAUCGUUAACUCACUCUGCAGCCCCUCCUCCCCUCCCUGAGGAUGGGGGCCGGGGCUGAAGGCUCCAAUUUCUCACCAGGGCUUGGUCUUUCUGGGGAGCCCACCGAGAGUCACCUCAGUAGAACAAAAGGCGCUUGUCUCGCCCAGGAAAUUCUAAGGGAUUUAGGAGCUCCGUGUAAGAUGCUCCUCUCCCCCACUCACUGGGGAGCUCGCAAGGGUGGGAGCUCUGUGUCGGGAACAGGGAUCACAGACCAAGUAUGAGCAGGAACUGGGGACAGAGACGUAUAUACCUACGCCUGGGUAUUUCUUAAAAUCUCACACCCUCCCUGAUCGCUUUCUCUUUUCCAUCAUCUUCCCAUCACCGGGCCCACGAUGCCUUCUGCCUCGUCCUGGUCUCGUCUCCCACAGCCGGCGUCUGGGCUGCACGGGCUCCGCAUGCCUGUGUUUCGUGCAGGACUGCAUCUCUAGGUGCAGAACCGGGCCCGGCACGUAGUAGGUGCUCAGCCAGCAUCACUGAAGGCUGGGGCAACUCUUCCUGCUUUUACAAAGUGGCUGACGUCACGCAGCAGGGGGCUUUAUGCCACGUGCCCGGAUGGGGUGCAGAGGUCACAAACGCAAAGCCUUCGGGGGCCAGGCGGAGAGCUGAAAUGGGUUGGGUGGGCUGCCAGGGGACUUAGAGAGCUCAUGCCCUGUCGAAAAUCUUCCAAAGGGGGCGCCUGGGUGGCU